AUGGCUUCCCCGGGCUCUCCGAAGCUGGAAGACAAGCUAGGCUGCUGCAUUUGUUUAGAGAUGUUUGCCACUCCUGUGACUGCCCCCUGCGGGCACAGUUUCUGCGAGAAGUGCAUCAGCAGUCACUGGGACCAAGAGGGACAGUGGCCUGUGGGCCAGCAUGGCUACACCUGCCCCGAAUGCCGGAAAAGCUUCCCAGAGAGGCCUCAGCUCGGCAAGAACGUCCAGCUUGACAGCCUUGUAGAAGUGGUCCGGUUGGGACAACUGCGGGGCCCUGGGCCGCAGAAGGACGCGGUGGCUUGCGAAAGGCGGUGCCCGAGGCACGGGCGGCCGCUGGAGCUCUACUGCAAGACUGAGAAGCAGUUUAUCUGCUGCGUGUGCACGGUGAAGACCUGCCAGAACCACCAGAAGGUUCUGCUUGAAGAGGAGCGCAAGAUCAAGGAGGAGAAUUUAAAGGACACACUGGAGAAAACUGAGAAGACAGAAAAGGAAAUCAAAGAAGAAAUCCAGAAGCUGGAGAAACAGACAGCUGGCGUUAAGGAUUCCUCGGAGACGUUAAAAUCAGGGGUUUUGCAAAAGUUUGCCCAGCUCACCGAAGCCCUGAAGGAAUGGCAGAGGAAGGUGCUGGAGAGAAUUGAAACGGAGCAGGCCGCUGUGCUAAGCCAAGUGCAAGAGAGCUGGGAUCAGCUGCAGCACCAGCAGGCUGCUGUUAAUGAGCACAACAAGAAGGCCCGGGAGCUGCUAGCCUGUACUGAUGACAUGGCGUUUCUGGAGGAAUUUCUGUUCCUCCCUGCUCUUGGCAACUUGGAAUUUCCUCCAGCUCUUGAAUUUGAUUUGGCUGGCAUUGUGGACUCAAUCACGAAAUUCUUCAAUGAGCUCUCCCGGGUUUGUCACGAAGCUUUGUCCAAUUCCUUGGAUCAAGAAGUAGCUGACACAGAGUCCUCAGUGGAAGCAAAGGCAGUCCUUGUGAGAGCUGCACAAUGUCUUCCAGAGAAUGAACUAAGAAUACGUCUUUUAAAAGAUCAUCGGAAUUUGACCUUCGACCCUGCCACUGCUAACAAAUAUCUGCAACUGUCUGACCAGUACCGGAAGGCCAAACACACUCAAGGCUUUCACAGUACACUGCCCAAUGACCCACAGAAGUUUGAGCCGUGGCAGAUCCUGUGUGCUCAGCAGUUCACCCAGGGCAGUAACUACUGGGAGGUCAAGCUGUCCGGCCAGUCUGUCAUUGUUGGCGUUGCUUACAAGAGAAUCCCGAGGAAGAAAUGGGCUGGUCGCACAUUCACCAUUGGGCUAGAUAAGCUCUCCUGGGGGCUGCAUGUUCAGGAAGAUUGUUAUUUGGCCUACCACAGUGGUGAUUUUAUGAAGAUAAAAAAGCCCUUGUGCAAAUUAAUUGGAGUCAAGUUGGACUAUGACCAAGGAGUCCUGUCCUUCUAUGGCAUAGAGGACCAUAUGAAACUCCUCCAUUCUUUCCAUGCUAUCUUUACAGAGCCCCUUUGCCCAAUUUUUUGGCUUUGUGAAGGCACAGCAGUUACCCUUUGCCAAAAGAGCCAAGGCCAGGUUGUAGCUGAUGGCAUGCUUCCUGGCUCACAAGCAGUUGCUGGCGCUGUGGAGCAACCAGGAGAUGGGCAGGUAGCUCUGGACGACUGA